AAAAGAACUAAUAGAAUUUCCACUUUGACUUGAUUGGUAGGCAAGGAUAAACAACAUCUUUUAGACACGAGCUUCAACAUGGCACAGAGUCAGCUACCAAAUGACUCCUGGCAGAAUGGUUCGACCCCUGUGUUCACUGGCCUUGACCUUCUCUUUGACCUGAAGCCUCUCUUCAUCCCCCUCUAUGCCACUCUGGUAGCUGUGGCUUGCACAGGAAAUUUCCUCCUUAUUCUCCUUAUUGCUGUCACCAAAAAGCUGCACAGCACCACUAAUUUCCUCAUAGGAAACCUGGCUGCUGCUGACCUGAUCAUGUGUGUUGUCUGUGUCCCACUGACUGCAUCCUAUGCCUUUGAGGUCCGUGGCUGGCUCUUUGGGAUGUUCAUGUGUUACUUUGUUACCUUGAUGCAGGCUGCCACUGUCUUCGUGUCUGUGCUGUCCCUCUCAGCUAUUGCAGUGGACCGUUAUAUUGUUGUUGCUUAUCCCAUUCGCAGACGGCUAAGCCGCAAGUCCUGUACGUACAUUGUGGCCCUUAUUUGGUUACUUUCCAUUGUAGUUUCUGUACCCACAUCCAUGCACACCCACUAUUUAGAUCUCAACAAGAUUGGUCAUGACAUGAUCAUCUGUGAAGAAUUCUGGAAGCAUGAAGAGAGAGAGAGGCUGGUGUACUCAUGCUCAAUGCUCCUUUUAUCAUACAUGCUCCCACUUUCAGCAGUGUCAGUCUCCUACUUGGCCAUUUCUUACCACCUCAGGAAAAGGAAUGUCCCAGGGGCUGCCUACCAGAAUCAAGACAAAUGGACCAAAACAAAGCAAAAGACCUUCCGGGUUCUCAUCAUCUCAGUCAUGUGUUUUGCCAUCUGCUGGCUGCCUCUUCAGGUAGUAAACCUUAUCAGAGACAUAGAUGAGGAAUUCACCAUCUUGGACAAGAGGUAUGUGAAUGUGAUUCAAGUGUCCUGUCACUUGGUCGCCAUGAGCUCUGCCUGCUACAACCCCUUUAUUUAUGCCUCCCUUCAUGACAAAUUCCGAUUCCAUGUUACUAACUAUUUUUACAAUCGGAAGAAAAGGUCCAGUAUCAUGUCCCACAGGGCCUCCCGACUGAAUACCUGCUCCACCCUGGCAGACAUCCCAAUGGGCAUCACAGAUAAGUUAGCUUUACAAGGAAGGUUUUCUUUUAAUUAA